UUGUCAAUGUCAACAACCGGUAAACAGGAACUAUUUAUUACAUUUACUAUUUUAUUUGUUUACCUGAAUGAACAACUAUUUAAAUUUGACAUGUGACUUAUCUUCCUUCGUUGAAUAUUUUACAUUUUCUGUAAUGAUUCAAUUGAACAAGGCGGUAUGUUUUAAUGCGUAGUUAAAUAAUUAGAAAUUCUUUUAUGUUUUUAUUCGCUAAUUUGGAUUCAAAAUGAACUUUCUUUUAUACUCCAUAUUAUGCAUUUUUUGUAUCACCUACCUUGUAAUAGGAUCAUCAGAAGAUGAAAUAUUUCACACAAAUUUACCUCCAGAACAUAUGGCAUAUUAUUUUGCAAGUCAUCCUAUAGAAUCUGAAGCUUGUAGGAUUUCUAAGAAUUGUCCAUAUAAGAGCUUACUAGAUCUCAAGAAAUGUUGGGGAUAUGAAAAAGAUUGUACACCUGAUCUUAGAUAUUCCGCACCAACAUGCAAUAAAAGUAGUAGAGGAUGGGCCAAAUCUAAAGCUGAGCAAAUCGAAACAUUCUUUAAACAAGGAGAUUUUGGUUAUAUUAGAGAACGAAUGGAUGAAUUAACACAAAUAUGUACUCCUAAACAGAAGAAUGGCAGUUCUCUGGAAUGUACAAAGUUUAUGAGAUUUUGUCGAGGCAAAAACAUUAUGUUUGAUUUUAAGACACUUUUAAAUUUGCCUGAACCAAUGAGGUACCGUGAUGAUGUAAUAAGAGAAGGACAAGUUGGUGGAUAUUGUAAAGUAAAGAAGAAGACUCUUAAGGAACAUGGUCAACACAAAAGCCCUUUACAAUCUUGGUAUGCUGAAUUUGAACAUCUAACAGAACUUCCCAAGCCCAUUGGUGACGAGACUUGUGAUUUAGUUAUUAGUGAGCCUACAUUCAUCAUGAAACUUGAUGCUACUGUAAAUAUGUACCACCAUUUUUGUGAUUUCUUAAACUUAUAUGCAACUUUACAUUUGAAUCAGACAUUUUCUACAAAUAUCCACAUUUUAAUUUGGGAUACAAUACCAUAUUUCAGUAAUUUUGAAAUUGUAUGGAAAGCAUUUACUCAGCACCCUUUAAUGAAUCUUGGGAGCUUUAAAGGCAAAAAAGUGUGUUUCAAGGAUGCAGUGUUUCCUUUGUUACCUAGAAUGAUCUUUGGAAUGUACUAUAAUAUGCCUUUGAUUCCUGGAUGUCAAGGUAGUGGCCUUUUCCAAGCUUUUACUGAGCAUCUUAAGUACAGAUUAAAUAUUAAAGAUAACUACCAGGGCUCAAAUGUGAGAAUUACAUUGAUAUCAAGAAGUACACAAUAUCGUCGUAUUCUUAAUGAAGAUGAGCUUGUUUCUGCAUUGAAAACCAUCCCAGAUGUUGUUGUAAAAAAAGUUAAUUUUAAUCGGCAAAUGGCAUUUGUGGACCAGAUGGAAAUUAGCUAUAAUACUGAUAUUUUGAUUGGUAUUCAUGGAGCAGGAUUAACACAUAUGUUGUUUAUGCCUGUAUGGGGUGCAGUGUUUGAAAUAUUUAACUGUGAAGAUGAAAGUUGUUAUGCUGAUUUAGCUAGACUCAAAGGCCUUAAGUAUUUCACUUGGGAAAAGUCUGAUAAAAUAUUUCCAGAAGAUGAGGGGCAUCAUCCUACUUUAGGAGCUCAUGCCAAGUUUACAAAUUAUGCAUUUGACAUUCCUGAAUUUCUGAGAAUUUUUAAGAAAGCUUUGGCUCAUGUUCGUCAGUCUGGACCCUUUCAACAAAAAUCUGAUAGUUGCAAAGGAUCCAAGUGCAAUAAUACUGUUGUACACAAUGAACUUUAAAUGAUCUCACUAUGCAAAGAAUUUAUCCUGGUUCAACACGGAAUUUAACUUAAGAAGGAACUAUUUUUAGAUGUGCAAAUUAUUCUUGUAUAUAAUUGAAAUUUUAUAUAUACUUCUGUUAUGAGUUCUUAAAAGAGCUCUUAUUGUUGAAAGUAUUUAUUUUCGAAUAUUUGGUUGAUUUUAAAAUUUUUAAUUACUGAAUGGACACAUCCAUUUUGAAAAUUUAAUACCUCAUUAUUUGGUUAUGAAAUAACUAUUAAAUUUUUCACU